GUUGGGUCCCGGUCCCGAGCACUGAUUCCUUCGGGUCCCUUUGCAGGCUUGAUCGUUCACCUAACAUCUCCCGAGAGCGAGCCCAGCCCAGGAUAUUUCCAGCGAGUGCAGACCCCCCAGCCCGACACCACUUCAAAUCCAGGCACCUGCAGGAAGAAGAGGAAGAUCCUCAUCUUCUUAAGCCUCCUCAAUGAGUGCCCAGCUCUCCAAGGAGUUGAGGCUGUCUCUGCCACCUUGCCUCUUGAACAGGACAUCUGCCUCCCCCAAUGCCAGCAGCGCCUGCAUCACGCAGGUGGGGCAGCUCUUUCAGUCCUUCUCUUCCACUCUGGUUUUAAUCGUCCUCGUAACCCUCAUCUUUUGCCUGAUCCUCCUCUCCCUCACCACCUUCCACGUCCACAAGAGAAAGAUGAAGAAGCGGAAAAUGCAGAGGGCUCAGGAGGAAUAUGAACGGGACCACUGCAGCAGCAGCGGCACCAGCUCGGAGGCAGGUAUAUCGGGAGAGACAGCCCAUGGAAGGAACACCCGGCUGGGAAGCUCCACCCAGGACUCGGGAAUCCAGCACCCGUCUCUCCCGGAGCCCGAGAGCGCUCAUCCAGCAAGAUCUUAUUUGGACACAGCUAGCGAGGGGCUCUUGCAAACAUUUCGUAAAAGCAAUAAGAUGUUUCACAUCACUUCAAUGAGUGCAUUUCUGGUUGAUGAUUCCACUCCUCUAGUGUCUGAAAAUCCAUUUCUUCACAGGGAGCUCAUUUUGACAUCCACUGAAGUCAAUGGAAAAACUUGUGUACGUGCCCUUAAUCAUUUUUCUAGCAAAGAGCUGUCCACAUCAUCAUCAUAG